AUACUGUCACUACUGUCAGUCACAUGUCAUGUUGACAUGUUAUCAGGGUAUCCUUUUUGCUAGCAUGGCAAUCGAUGUUUACAAAAUUAAAUAUCUAUUUUCCACGUAAUCAUACUGGAACACGAGAGGAUAUUAUUGUGUUAUCAUUAGAGAAAGUUUACAACAAGACUUUUAGUUACAGUUCCAUAUUUAUUACAGAUCUUCCUUGCCUGGGAUUACCGGCUUAUUGACUAUGAUUCCCCAAAUAGUAGUUAUUGUAACCACGGUUAAAUUACUUUUUAUACCUCUGUACCAUUCAACAGAUUUUGAAGUCCACAGAAACUGGCUGGCAAUAACUCAUAAUUUGACCCUAGAUAAGUGGUACUAUGAUGAGACAUCAGAGUGGACAUUGGAUUACCCACCUCUGUUUGCUUGGCUGGAGUUUGUUUUGUCUUUCAUAGCAAAAUACUUUGAUCCUCAAAUGCUGUACUUGACAAACUUAAAUUACAAAUCUGAAAUGACAAUACUGUUCCAAAGAUUGUCUGUUAUAGUUCUGGAUUUUGUUUACAUUAAUAGUAUAAAGAACCUUUCAACAUAUGUUGGCAAUGGAAAACUUCUGGUGUUCAUAUUACUGGUCACGAGCCCCGGCCUGCUAAUGAUAGACCACAUACAUUUUCAGUAUAAUGGAUUCCUCUAUGGUUUACUUUUACAUUCCGUAUCACAUGUAAUAAGAAGUAAUAACUUGACAGCAGCCUUUUGGUUUGCAGUUCUAUUGAACUUAAAGCACAUAUUCUUGUAUGUGGCCCCAGUUUAUAUUGUGUACAUGUUCAGAGCAUAUUGUUUCACAAUAUCUUCAGUUGAUGGUGUACAUACUCCUUGGUAUUCAUUCUCAUUUGCUAAUCUGUUUAAACUGGGGUUCACUGUACUCUCUGUGGUUGGACUUUCUUUUGGACCUUUUAUACAACAUCUUCCACAGAUAAUGUCGCGAUUGUUUCCUUUCAAAAGAGGUCUGUGCCAUGCAUACUGGGCGCCUAAUUUCUGGGCACUAUACACAUUUGUCGAUAAAGUUUUACUACAUUUAGCAAUCAAGUUUGGCAUACAAGUGAAGAAAACUGAAGCAUCAAUGACUGGUGGGCUGGUGCAGGAGUAUGAGCACUCAAUCCUACCUACAAUAACGCCGACAGUCACGUUUGUACUCACAUUCGUGACUAUGGUGCCGGCACUCAUCAAACUGUGGUACCUGUGCGCUGACAGACGAUACAGGGUGUUGAGUUUCGUCAGGUGUAUGGUGGUAUGCGCGGGCUGUUCCUUCUUGUUCGGCUGGCAUGUUCAUGAAAAGGCUAUUUUGUUAAUACUGAUACCAUUGAGCUUCUUAGCCGUGCUGGGGGACGUCGACGGAAAACAAUUUCUUAUUCUGACAACAGUCGGUAACUACUCACUAUUCCCCCUUUUAUUCCCAAAGAAUUUGUUAUGUAUAAAAAUAUUUAUAUUGUUAACUCACGUAGCUAUAGCAUUUGUGAACAUUCCUACUUUGUAUGAACCAGCUAAGGUGAAGGGCGGGAGACGAGUUCGUGUCUUACGGCUACCUUUGUUAAAGCAAACCGAGUCAUUAUACCUCUAUGUUCUCAUAAUUCUAUGUGUUUACGAAAACUCCCUUCACAUUUUAUGGGGCUUUGACAAAACGUUACCUUUUCUACCGUUAAUGAUGACUUCAGUCUAUUGUUCUUUCGGAGUCAUAUAUGUCUGGAUAAAGUUCUAUUAUUAUUAUCUAACAUUCAAUGUCAGUAAAGUUCCCACUUUAUGUUCUGUUAAUUUAGCACAAAAAUAUAAAAAGACUACUUAAUGUUUAGAAUAGGACAGAAAAUGUUGUAAUUAUUGUUAUGUUUUUAAUUUGUUUAUGAUCUCUCGCAUUUAAUAGGAAGAUAUGAGAUCAAAAAAGAGCAAAGAAAUAAUACUUUAGAUGCUUAAAUAUUUUUCUAAGCCUGUUAAUAUAAUUACAAUAGUUUAGAGAGAAAUAAGUCUUAAACGAAAA